GCCCGCAAAAUACGGUAGUAACAUUAAAACGUGUUAAAUCAACUAACAUGAUUGACUCAUUCAAGCGUCAACUAAAAAAUUGAGUUUACGACUCGCGUAAUGAACAAUGGUCCACAGAACUUAUAUUUAAUAGAAAUCUUGAUAAAUACGAUGACAGCAAAAUUCGUGUUCCUUUUAUGGAAUCACAAAGUUUCACUCUCUCCAUUUCCAUUUCCUUCGUUCUUUCUUCUUUUCCCUCUUCUGUUUAAAAGAAAAGUUAAAAUCACCCACAAAAAAAACCAAAAAUCCUUUUUUAGACGGUUAUUUUAGUCUCCCUGGACACGACAUUUUGACGGUUUCUUGGUUUCUUUUGACGCGCGAAUUUUUGGUACA